AUGUCAAGCAAGGAGGAGGUGGCGGCGCUCAUGGCGCACGGCGACGCCGAAACGAAGAUAUCGCUGCUGAAGAAGGCGGUUGUCAGCGUGACGAAGCAGAAGCAGCUGCUUGAGCAGCACAACAAGCAACUUCAGGACCAGAUGGCCGCCAUUGGGGAGGAGUUGGCGCGCGUACAGGAUGAGAACAUGGAACUCCGCAGAAAACUCAACGCGGCGGAGGGAGAGUUGGAGGCGGGACGAAAGCGUGGACAUUUUACCGCGUCGAUGAAGACAACACUGAGGGGUCUAUCUUCCUUUGUGACGGGCGCCGAUGGAGAAGACGGCGGCGCCGCGGCAAAGCGACUGAGGGGUGCUGAGCUGCCGCUGAGGCUCUCGUCGGAGGACCAGGAGAAGCUGGUGGCGGAAAAUGAAAGCAUUCACAUGCAGCUGUUUGACUUGCGCAAAACGUACGAGGAUGAGCGGCAAGGGUGGAAGGUGGAAAGUGAGCGACUGUCCUCUGAAUGUGCCGCAGUGCAGGAGGAGGUGGCUGAGCUGCGAAGCCUCUUAGACUCCACAACGAAUGCCUGCGACCGGCUGAAUGUGGCGUGCACUAGGCAAGCGGCAUUAGCACAGUUUUGUCAUCACUUUUUCGUCUUGUCUUGGGACGACGCCGAAGCUCCGCGGCGGCUUCGUGCCGUUAUGGCGCCCUCCUUGGCGACCAAACGCGGGGGUGUCCCGCCGCGCGAGGUCCGUGAGGAACUGGCGUUCGGCACAUUGAGCGGUGUCGCUGCCUUCAUUCGCACGUUGAUGAGCGCCGUUUCCGUCCUUGUGGCGUCGCUCCGCGAUUCAUUCAGUACACAGAUAAGAGGCAUCACAUUAACCGACAUGCGCUGCUACCGCGAUCGACUUAGCACGCUGCUUGAGGCGCAUGGCGUGCAGAAGGCAAGUGUGCUUUUUCAUCUCACGGAGUUGGAGGAGGCCUUCACCGCGUCGCUGGGGCCGGACGAAAAACUAACACAGAUGCAACGGCUCCAGGGUCUUCUCAUCUCAAUCUUUAACAACUGGUUGGAGAUGAUGUGUGAGCACGUCCGGCUUAUCGUCGAUGCCUGUAAGAAGGCGGAGGGCAGCGAUGUUACGGAGCGCAGAAAUGACACGCAGGUGGUUAUUGAAUCCACCACGCUGGGGGCCAUCGGCACAAUUGCCGCCAUUCGUGGGUCUCUCGAGGCGUUGCAGCGACUCUGCGACAACUCCUGUACCUUGUUUAAGCAGCAGGCCUGUGACUCGACGGAGUGGCUAUUGGCGCUAGAGCGAUUUUGGUGGGAAGGCUGCGGUGCCUCCUCUUCGCUGCGCUGUGCGGUGGAAUCCCUCCGUGAGCAGCUGCAAGAAAUGUCACUAUCUGUCACAAGCAACGACCACGUGCGGGCGGCCCUGCAAUUUAUGUGUAAAUCGCUGGAAACUUUCGCAUCGCGUGCCUGGAGCCCCACUCAAGCGGUGCCGCGCCUGCCAACAAGUGGCGUGUCAGGAACGCCUCCAUUGCCGGAUUCCCCUCCUGACGCUACCAGCACUUGUGGUUUUGCCCCGGCAGACAACAGGGAGCUUGUGGCGGCGCUGGCCGCGGCGGAUCGUGCCGCAGUGUGCUAUCAUACUCAGAUGAACUACACCUUUUUGGAGUUGGCAGAGAAGCAGGAGGCAUUGGCAAACGCCCAAGAAGAGGUGCGGCGGCUGCUGUCGCUCAACCAACAGCAGGCGGAGGGCGCCGACCGCGAGCGUGAGGCGUUCGAGACACAAAUUCGCCUCUUGUCGGACCAACUUGUGGAGUACAGUAACGGCGCUGGCGGUAGUACAAACUGGUGA